AUGGAGAAAAAGAAAAUUCUAAUGAAAUCCAAGGUUGCUGCUCCUAACCUCCUGAGGGCACUGCAUUCUCUGUACCAGUUUGGUCAUCUCUGUGAUGUGACAGUUCACACACAACAUCUCGGAAUUCAGGAGGAGUUUCUGGUUCACAAAGCUGUCUUGGCAGCUUCCAGCAACUAUUUCAAGGGGCUUUUCCUGCAUGAGGAGAUGCUGGACGCCAAGAAUUGCACAGUGACUCUGCAAGACAUUUACACGGAAGAGUUCACCUCCUUUCUGGAGUUCGUUUACACUGCUGAAGUGGAGAUUGAAGCGGGAAAACUGCAACGGAUGAAAGAAAUAGCAGAAAGACUUGAAUGCAAGGAUUUGCUUGACAUUUGUGAAGAAGUGAAAGCAGAGGGCAGGAAGGGGUUAGAUUUGAGCCUCCAUCUGAAGGGUCACCUGUGUGAAAAUGGUGGGCCACAGUGGACUCGCAUCCAGCAAGAGGACCGCAAACCCAGUAACUCUUCCCAAGUCGUGGCGAUACCUGUGCAGAAGAAACUUUGGGAUAGGCAAAAACAUAAAAAGUUGCUGGCUGGCUACGAACUCAUUGAAGGCCAACCAGCAAGCCUGGAGCGAGAGGACAAUGCUUUUCCAGACCCAAAAUCCAGGACAGCAAAACUACCGAAAUGUAACAAGACAGAUACCAGGAAUGGACUCAGCAUUGCUAGUCUGGAAAAUGAGAAGAGUCAUUCUCUCCAAAGCCAGACUCAGUCACAGGAAGCUUGCGUAGUAACUGGGAACAUGCUGCCUGAGCAGCGGGAAGAUGAAAACAGUUUAAUUUGCAAAUUUGCCAGUAAAACAGAACGUAGGAAAUCACCGCGGCAUGUGGCAAAGGUCUUGCCACAGAUUGCAUGCGAGAAGUGCAACGAAUCGUUCCGUGUUAUCGAGCAGUACCAGUCACACGUGGAGCUGAAGCAUGGCGUUAGUAUGGCCAUCAAGUAUAGCUGCAACGCCUGCGAGCAGCUCUUCUCCACCCACCGGCACCUCCAGCAGCACCGCCUCACCGUUCAUAGCGACGAGCAGGGCUUCUCCUGCAUGUUCUGCGACAAGAGCUUUAAGCACCAGAAGGACAUAACUGACCAUAUCCGCAGGGUGCACAAGAAGAAGCGGGAUCCCCAGGCCUGCCCGUACUGCGACAAGGUCAUCGGUUCCAAGUGCGGCCUGACGGUCCACAUACGAACGCACACCGGGGAGAAACUGUAUAAAUGCGACCGCUGCCCCGCCAGCUUUGCUCAGAGGUCUGCUUACAACACUCACCUAAGAAAAAUCCAUGAGUCUGGGCAAGAGAGGAAACUUACGCCUGUCUAUUGGAUGGUAGUUCCACCUGCACGUAGACCAAACGCAACAAGCUGUGACAAAGACAGUGACAGAGAGGUGUGCAAUGGGACCUCGGAGGCUGAACACCGAAAGGCUGUGAGGCACGAAGAGGCCCCAAAUCAUGAAGAAGAACCCGGGGGCUCACAUGGUACUGAAGCAGACUGUCGCAAUGAGAAAGAAGAACGGAAGCAGAAAUAUAAGGAAGCUGAGGCAAAAAGUGAAAAAAUGAGUGAAGAAGAGAAUGAAGAUGAAGGUGAAAUGAGCAUGAAGGGUGAGGAGGAGGAGGCAGAUGACAAAGCGGGGUGCUCAGAGGGUGAAGAUAGCAGAGACAAUGAGGAGGGCUGUACGGAGGAGGACGAUGAGGAGGACGAAUACUCUAAUGAGAAGGAUGGUGAAGAACAUGAAUCAGACAAAGAGUUUAGAAUAAAGAAGGUAAAUAAAAGCGCGGUGAAUAAGAAAUCUGCCUACGUAAUAACGUGCAAUAAGUGUAACGAGCAGUUUGUUUCCCGGAAAAAGUACGUGGAUCACUGCAGAGAUGUCCAUCAGUGCUUGCCUGGGAAGGUCUAUCAGUGCGACAUCUGCAGCAAGUCCUUUGCUAGUUACAACAGCUGGAAGGAGCACCGAGCCUGCGUGCACACUGAAGAAAGGCAGUUUGCCUGCACCCUCUGCAAUGCUACUUUUAAAAGGAAGAGAGAUGUGAGGACGCAUUACAUGCGGAAGCAUGAAGGCAGAGUCAAGCGCCCUCUCUGCUCUGUCUGCGGGAAGAUCCUCAGCUCCCGAACAGCACUGGUGUUCCAUAUGCGGAUACACACAGGAGAAAAACCUUACGAAUGUGGCAUUUGUCAUUCCAGAUUUGCUCAGCCAUCACAACUGAAGAUCCAUACCAGGUCCCACACAGGGGAAAAGCCCUAUAUUUGUGAGGACUGCGGGGCUUGCUUUGCUGAUAGAGGCAAACUCACCGGCCACAAAAGGACCCACACAGGAGAGCGCCUUUUUAAAUGCGACGUGUGCGGAAAACAUUUUGCCACCAACGAAUACUUGAAAUGCCACAAACGCUGCCACAUGGGCGCGAAGCCCUACAAGUGCGAGGUUUGCGGGAAGACGUUUGGACUGCGAGCCUCGCUAGCCCAGCACAGUAACGUCCACGCAGAGACCCGGCCGUAUUUCUGCGAACAGUGCGGGAAAACCUUCACCCAGCAGGGCGCUCUCCGCCGCCACCAGCGCAUUCACACCGGGGAGAAGCCCUACAAGUGCAGAGCUUGCGAGAGAACCUUCACCGACAUGUCCACCUUGCGCAGACACGUGUUG